GAAUGUAGAUGUAGAUGCCUUUUAGUCGCGAUUUGUCCUUCGCGGAGCGUGUACGUGUUGCGAAAAAAUUAUCGCAAUCGACUUAAUUUUUUCUCUAUUUUUGUCGAUUAUCAGGCGACAUAUUACUUCAAGAGGUGAUAACAAAAUGCCGUAUCGCGGAAAAUUGCGACUGCUCGGUAGAGCGUGUCUGACCUUUGGGAAGAGCGAGGGUAACCCGAAUCUCGCCGUCGUCGUCGCCAGUAGAAAUUUCUCCGCAAGCCGCGCGCUCGAUAUGAGGUUCGUUCAAUUCACAGGCAAGAACGGGGGCCCUCAACAUCUUGGGGUCCAGCUGAAACAGGGAGGCGAUAUCAUUGCCGUAUCAGCAGUUGAUUCACGAAUUCCAAAUACGCUGAGAAAGUUCCUCGAGGGCGGUGACGACCUUCUCAAAAAGGCUAAAAGGGAUGACCAUAUCGACCUAAGGAAGGCAGUAGAGAGAAUAGUCGCCGAGGGACGGAGCAUCAUACCCGAGAACGAUGUCAACUUUCUGGCGCCAAUCACGCGUAUGGACAAACUCGCCUGCAUUGGCCUCAAUUAUAGUGGUCAUUGUCAAGAGCAAGGUUUACCGACUCCGGAGAGCCCGAUAGUCUUCAGCAAAUUUCCCAGCAACAUCAUCGGGCCGCGCGACAACAUCCUGCUGCCACAGAUCUCGGACAAAGUUGAUUGGGAGGCCGAGCUGGCGAUAGUGAUCGGUAAGAAAUGUAAGAGCGUCACCAAUGACGACGUCGAGGACUGCAUCUUCGGUUAUACAGUGGCCCAGGACGUGUCAGCGCGUGAUUGGCAGAAAUCGAAGCGAAACGGUGGCCAAUUUCUUCUCGGCAAAGCGAUGGACACAUUCUGUCCGCUGGGCCCAGCUGUUGUCACCAAGGAAGCGAUAUCUGACAUCAAUAAUCUGUCCGUGAGAACAUGGGUGAACGGCAAUUUGAAGCAGAAUGGCAAUACCAAUGAACUUAUCUUCAAGCCCCAAGAAAUAGUCGCUUAUCUUUCGCAAUUUGUGACACUGUUACCAGGUGACGUAAUUCUUACUGGCACACCUGCAGGUGUGGGGUACACACGCAAUCCACCAGAAUACCUACAGCGUGGUGAUGUAUUGGAAACUGAGAUCGAGAGUCUGGGUCGUCUGAGAAACAAAGUAAUAUGAUCUAAGAAACCAAGUAUGCCUUUGGAAAGCGUUAUCAAAACUUCUUCACAAGACUGGACGUCCUUUCGGGAAUCGACAUUCGCAAUGACGUUGAAUCAUCCCAAAGGCUAUACGUAUUCCUGUAUCUGAUCCAGAUA